CUGUAAGUGCGAAGGAGGAAAGAAAUGUGGCGAUCACGGGGAUUAUUGAGGAAGCUGAAAACUGAAAGCGGUGCGGUGAGAUGGAUGAGUACGGUGAUGAGUUUCGGAGAUGGAAGCCAUGGGGCACUGGGAUUAGCAACAUCCACCGUUGGUAUGGGUGUAGACGCAUACGAACCUACUCCAAUUCCUUCUCUACCUUCUGAUAUUCUUAGCGUCUAUGCUGGUCACUACCACUCCCUCGCCUUAAAUUCCCAAGGCCAACUUUGGGCUUGGGGCCGAAACAACGAGGCCCAACUCGGUCGUGGCCUUUCCUCUAGUAGAGAAACAUGGAAUGAGCCAAAAAGAGUAGAAGGACUAGAAAAUGUGAAGGUGUGUGGUGCUUAUGCAUCCGGCGUUGUUUCAUCUGCUGUUGGAGAAGACGGUUCUGUAUGGGUGUGGGGAAAGUCCAAACGCGGCCAGCUUGGCCUUGGCAAACACAUAAUUGAAGCUGUUGCACCUUCCAGAGUUGAAGCACUUUCCGGAGAAAACGUAGCUAAGGUCUCAUUUGGUUGGGGGCACGCUCUUGCUUUAACUGUGGACGGCAAGUUGUUUGGGUGGGGUUAUUAUGCAGAUGGAAGGAUAGGGAAUAUGAGGAAUGGUCACUUAAAGUCAUCUCCAUUAGAUUCCACUCUAAAUGCAUUUUCAAACAACACACAAUUCGAGAGUUCAGACCUUGAAGUUGCUGAAAAGAGAGUCUUACAAGGAAUGGAGAAGGAGAAUAACAUGCCAAUAAUAUGGGAACCUCGCUUGGUGGAAGAACUGCGUGGCAUUCAUGUUGUGGACAUUGCAUGUGGCCUUGAUCACUCUCUAGUUCUUUGUCGUGAUGGUUCCCUAUUGAGUUGUGGGAGUAACGUGUAUGGCCAAUUGGGGCGAGCUAGAGAAGAUUUGGGAUUUUUUCCUGUUGAUAUAAAUUUCACUCCCGUUUCUAUAGCAGCAGGGCUUGGCCAUUCUUUGGUGAUAUGCCAGCUUGAUGAAUCAGAUGGUAGUGUGAUUGUGGGGACUACAAACAUUGCUUCAUGGGGUUGGAACAUUAGUUCUCAGCUUGGAAGAUCAGGGCCUGCCAACUUUCCUGCCUUGAUUGAUGCAUUGGCUGAGGAAAAUCCCGUGUCGGUUUCAGCGGGGCGUGCACAUUCAGUUGCUCUCACAUCGAAAGGAGAAAUGUGGGUCUGGGGCUCUGGUAAAAAUGGUAGACUUGGAUUGGGAAGUUCUGUUGACGAAGUUGAGCCAUUUUACCUUGAUUCCUUAGAAGGUUUUCAAAUUUUGCAGGCUGUGUCUGGGUUUGAUCAUAAUUUGGUUCUAGUUGCUGGCUGAUCUUUCUUCAACAGAAGCCUUAGUGCUAGGCCUAGUAAAUUUAGUAACCGGAAAAACAGAUAAGAAAAUAACAUAGGAAAUAGUGUACAAGGACAAAGGUGUGUCUUGAAACAAAUCCAAGCACUUCCUUGUGGUUCAAAUGUAAAAAGUGUUUUUUGUUUCUUUUGUCUUGAAAUCUUAUAUGUUUGCAUAAGCUUAAACUGCAGCGUGAAGUUUCAUACAAACACUUGAGUUAAGUCUCAUAUUGUCCUUCAUAUAUCUUACGAUGAAAUGCACUUAAUGAUGAUAAAUUUUUUUUGA